AUGCACAUUCCCCGGCCCGCCCAGACCUGCGCUAUCAGAGACUUGGGAAGUGAGCCCACACCAUUGCAUGUCUUAGUAGCCAGGCUGAGAGCCCCCUAUCGGUACUUCCGAAUUGGGAGGUCUGCUCCUCAGAUUUUGGGUCCCUCCACCUUAAUCAAAUCCCAGAGUUCAGCACCGGAAGCUCAUGCACACAAGCAGUCUGAAAGAAUUGAAACCACUAAUUCUAAAACACGUGGACCCCAGAGUUCACCUUCCUUAUCUGCCACUUUCGACAGCACCUUGAACCUCAGGGCCUACCAGGCAGGGGUGCUGCAGAUAAAGGAUAUCAGGUUUAUUACCGUGGCUGGGGACAGGGCUGAGAAUGUUGUGGACGUGAUCCUGUUCGCAUUUUAUUCUUUACACAGAAUAGGAAGGAGGUUCGCUUGCUUUGCGCAGAGGCUGAGCCACAGGAGAAAGCAAAGCCAAUGUGAUUUACUGAAUGAAAGCACUGGACAAUUACCAACAACUUGUUCCUCUGCUGCCUCGAACAACCUGAACUGGAACUGCUUUGUGAAAAUGACCCAACAAAUGCAGAAUCUGCAUCUUUCUCAGUCGAAAAAACAUAGUGCCCCAUCGUCUCCCAACGCUGCCAAACGCCUGUACAGAAACCUCUCUGAGAAGCUGAAGGGAAGCCACUCUUCGUUCGAUGAGGCCUAUUUCAGAACAAGAACCGACCGGCUGAGCCUCAGGAAGACCUCAGUGAACUUCCAGGGCAACGAAGCCAUGUUUGAAGCAGUCGAACAACAGGACAUGGAUGCUGUGCAGAUCCUCCUGUAUCAGUAUACACCAGAGGAGCUAGAUCUCAACACCCCUAACAGUGAGGGGCUGACGCCCCUGGAUAUUGCCAUCAUGACCAACAAUGUGCCCAUUGCCAGGAUUCUUCUGAGGACAGGGGCCAGAGAAAGUCCGCACUUUGUCAGCCUGGAAAGCCGAGCGAUGCACCUUGCCACGCUGGUGCAGGAGGCCCAGCAGAGGGUGAGCGAGCUGUCCGCCCAGGUGGAGAACGAAGGACCCAGUCUGGACAACACCGAGAAAGAGAAACAGCUGAAAGCUUGGGAGUGGAGGUGUCGGCUCUACAGACGCAUGAGAACGGGCUUUGAGCACGCCAGAGCCCCCGAGGUGCCAACCAACGCCUCUCUUAUGGUGACCAGCAGCACAUCACUCACUGUCAGCUUUCAAGAGCCUCUUAGUGUCAACGCAGCUGUAGUGACCAGAUAUAAAGUGGAAUGGAGCAUGUCUAAAGACUUUCGUCCUUUGUCUGGAGAGAUCAUCAUGGAAAACUUGCAGACCCUGAGAUGCACAAUCACAGGACUGACAACGGGCCAACAGUAUUUUGUUCAAGUCUCGGCUUAUAACAUGAAGGGAUGGGGACCUGCUCAGACCACGACUCCGGCAUGUGCCUCGCCUUCCAACUGGAAGGACUAUGACGACAGAGAGCCCAGACACAAGGGACAGAGUGAAGUUUUGGAAGGUCUGCUGCAGCAGGUCCGAGCCCUUCAUCAGCAUUAUAGUUGCCGGGAAACUUCAAAAUUACAAACCACAGGCCGCAAGCAGUCAGUCUCAAGGAGCCUGAAACACCUAUUCCAUUCCUCAAAUAAGUUUGUGAAGACCUUAAAACGAGGACUCUACAUAGCUGUUAUAUUUUAUUACAAAGACAAUAUGUUAGUCACCAAUGAAGAUCAAAUACCGAUUGUUGAAAUUGAUGACUCUCACACCAGUUCCAUUACACAGGAUUUUCUGUGGUUCACAAAGCUGUCUUGUAUGUGGGAAGAUAUAAGGUGGUUGAGGCAAAGCAUACCCAUCUCCAUGUCCUCAUCCACAGUGCUGCAAGCUCGGCAGAAGAUGCUCGCAGCAACAGCCCAGCUACAGAAUUUACUUGGAACACACAACUUAGGAAGAGUUUACUAUGAGCCCAUUAAAGACCGGCAUGGAAACAUCCUCAUAGUCACCAUCAGAGAAGUGGAGACACUCUAUUCAUUUUUUAAUGGCAAAUGGAUGCAAAUCUCAAAACUACAAAGCCAGAGGAAGUCUUUGUCAACACCUGAGGAGCCUACAGCCUUAGACAUUUUACUGAUAACCAUCCAGGAUAUUCUCUCUUAUCACAAAAGGAGUCAUCAGCGUCUCUCUCCUGGAUUAUAUCUGGGUUACCUAAAGCUAUGUAGCUCUGUGGAUCAGAUCAAAGUCCUAGUUACCCAAAAGUUGCCCAACAUUCUCUGCCACGUGAAGAUCCGUGAAAACAAUAACAUUUCCAAAGAGGAGUGGGAAUGGGUCCAAAAGCUUUCUGGCUCUGAAUCUAUGGAAAGUGUGGAUCAUACUUCUGACUGCCCCAUGCAAUUGUUCUUCUACGAGCUCCAGAUGGCAGUGAAAGCUCUCCUUAAGCAGAUCAAUAUACCUCUACACCAGGCAAGGAACUUCCGCCUCUACACACAGGAGGUGUUGGAAAUGGGUCACAAUGUGUCCUUUCUUCUCCUGCUCCCUGCCUCAGACGACGUCUGUACAGCCCCAGGACAGAAUAAUCCUUACACCCCACACUCAGGGUUUCUUAACCUCCCUCUUCAGAUGUUUGAACUUGGUAUAGUAGCUUGUUUCACCUAG